AUGGCAGAGCCAGUGAUCUUUGGUGGGUCUCCCCUGGACCAAUAUCUCCACGAUGCCAAUCAGUCAGAGCAUGCAUCCGAGUCCGAUGACCACAAUCGAGACAGUACAACGCCAGAGCCUUUCACCCCACGCCUUCAAGAGCACAAUCCUUCCGCUCCACCCUAUCGAUCAACAACAACACCUGGCGCGAAGCUCGAGUCGUCAGCUUCGACACCCACUGCAGUUCCUCUCGCCGAACCCGUGUCGUCACAACGUGCACCGCAACUCAUACCGGCCGGAGGCACUGCCGGCCCAGCGCAAAGCUCAGGACCGUCCACCUCCGCCACAGAACAGCCACACAGGUCGCCUCCAGGCCUGCAGCAAGCUCCACCAGCCGAGCUUGCAUUACGUUUCGCAAGCACCGUUCUCGCUCUCAUCCUACAACUGUUGAGGCCAACGAUCACUAUGCUUGCCCAUCAGGUCUCUGGACCGCCACCAACAAGCUUGUUGGCCGAUGCAAGUGAGCCAAACCGGUCCGAUCCAGGGCAGAGCAGUGCCGUCACUUCAGCCGAUAACACUCAAACCAACUUCAUCGAGAAGUUCAAGUACGCCAUCUGUUCCUCUUUUCUGCUCACACCCACCCUCUCGAUCUCCUUCUACGAGUCAAGCCCGCCAUUUCAGACCCAGCUCAACGAUCGAGCGCCACCCGCCAAAAGCGAUCGCGUAUCAGACCGUGUACAUGGGCGUCGUCGCCUCACGAGGCCCAUUUCUAAGCGGUGCUACAUCGAGCCAGCAGACGCACCGGCAACAGAUGGUCCUGACAACAAAGACGCUACUCUCGAGCGCCUUCCUCGACUCGACUCGGCAGGGCGGCUGGCGCGCAACGUCGCCACGCUGUCCAUCCUCUUUCUUCUGCCACCCAUCAGCGCAUCGUGGCGUCUAUGGUUCUCCUUCCUGUUCUUGAUUGCUUGCCUAGCCUCGGGCUUCGUGAUUCUCCUCGGACACAGCUCUAUGGACGACGAGAUCGUGUUUACACUCUCGCAUCCAAGUCACAUCGACCCCGCCCGGUUGCCAUCCUCGCUGCGAAACCUCUCUACGACGCAGGUCUUCGGCAGAACAGAAAGAUCGUUUCUGCAGGGCGCUGUAUUGAAAGACAUUGCUGGUCUCAUCAAAUCCGCGCAAUGGUUUGACAUCGCCAUCAACAAGGCCAUCAGUGCCAUUCAAGAGGUCGAGAUCGUCUCGCGCGGCUACAAACUCACGCAUCCGCUCCCUCCCAUCUCUAGGAUCGAGGCAGCUUCCAGCUGGUCCAAUACUGCUUCUCCCGCUCGCCAGCGUCGAUCGCUUGCUGCCUCGCCCGCCCCCUCGAACGGCAAGCUGGGCCGUUCCCUCUCAAAUGGAGGCCACGUCGCCCCUAUUGUUCGUCGCCACACACAACGCCCUUUGUCACUCAAUUUGUCCAAUGGCCGUAUGUCGCCCUUGGGUCCUUCUGGCCGUGCCUCCCCGGCUGUUGCCUUGGAGAUGGGCGAUCUCGAUCUCACCCACAAGGCAAUGACGGAGCAGAGCACAUCGACCCUUGCAACGGCUAGAUCAGCGCCGCAGAGACUCGUCGAAUUGCGCAAGACGAUCAUUGCAGCCUUGGACAGUGUCGGUGCCACUUUUGCUUCUACAGAUGAGCCUCCGCGCGAGAUGGUCGAUGCCGAAGAGCUCGCCCUGCUGCACGACCUCUACGCUCUGGAUGAUGCGCCACGCGAAGACGUCCAGGGCGUCGGAGGCGACGCAUCGCUCGCGUGGAGCCACGGAGAUGUUUCGGGCGUUUCCGAAAGCUCGCAUGACGUCGAGCAGGAUCGGAAAGCUUGGUUCGCGACCACACCGCGCAAUUUCGGCAGCAGCGCCCGGUCGGCCGGUGCAGAUGGCCACGGCAACACGCCCGGUCGCCCCGAUUUCAGCCCGCAAGUGGGCGCGGUCAAUCACAAGAGGCUCUCGCUCGUCUCUGACGCAGGCUCGAUUCUGGACCGGCAUCCGCACACCCAUUCACGUCGCAGCAGCCUGGUCUCGGAAUCUGGCAAUGGGGGCCACCAUCGGUCGCCGAGACUCAGGUACGUGUCCGACAAGGUGGCUGGAGCGUCCGGACCUAACGAGUCGGCCACAGCAAAGCGUCUCAGUUAUGUGUCCAACUCGAACUCAUCAGCGGCAUCGCCCGUGAUGCGCAACGCAUCGGCACUCUCCUCGACCUUCAGCCCGCCUCACUCUUCUGCCCAAACGUAUUCGGCUGCCACCAGCCCGCAAUCGAGAGCGACCAAGCGCAGCUCGAUUGUGGGACCCAACUCCAUAUUUUCGCAGGUCGAUACAUCCACGUCUUUUCUCCAUCGCACGGAAUCAGCGGACUUAUUGUCUCUGCUGAGCAUCAAGGCCAAGUUUGAGUGGAUGCACGGGGCUCGACGACGUUGGCUCUGCUAUCUUCUGGCGCUCAAUCUCAAGAUGGACGCACAGGUAGAUUUGCCGAACGGCAGCAGCUUACCUUGCGACGAGUACUGGACGCUGGCUCGAUCGAGUAUUGCAUCGGCAAGGUUAGCAUUGCAGGCUCACCGCAAGACGGUCGCAGACACAAUCACCAAUGAGAUGGGGCCGGACUUGGUCUCGACUUCCAAAACUCAGAUCGCUGGUGCAGGACGGGCCGACGAGAGUGCCCGAGGUAUAUCUCGGGAUGGACUUUUGACGGCGCCAAAUGGCGAUACCAGUACGCAGUCUAUCAUCGGACAUCCGGGCAUCGAGGACCGACUGCACGCCAUGAUGCUUUCCCUUCGAUCGUUGCAGUCCAAGAUUCGAGUGUGCGCCGAGGAGAUCCGAGUCACACCACCUCCGGGCUUGCAUGGCAACGUAGACGGAGACUUGGCGCGAGCCGAGGAUGCCCACGACGACGCGGACGCUACCGUGCAGCUCGAGACCAUGCUCGAAUCGAUGCGUGAGGACUUCCUAGGGCUAUCUGCUGAAUGGGAGGCGACAACUCAGCUCGUCCGAAAGGAGAAACGCAGGUCACCGAGUCCACAGCCGAGCACGGAGAACGAAGUGGAUGUGUCGAGGUCGAACGCUGCACGCGAACUGGAGUCACCACUGGAGGCGGACGAGGACGCGGCAGAUCCUUCGCUCGGCAGCGAUCACGGAGGACAGGCAUUAAGCGAUGAUCUCCUACCGAGGUCGGCAAGCCGGUCUGGACACGGUGAACUUAUCGACGCGAGCGACGACGAAGACGACAGCGACCUCGCAGCGCUGCUGUUGAGUUCCACUUCGCCGAACUCGCUGCCGCCGCCAGGAUUGGAGCAGGUGUUUGAGAGCAUCGCAGGUAUGGCUGGGCUCUCGGGGCUUGCAGCGGGUGGGGCGAAGUUGAGUCGCGCACAGCGUAUCGAGCUGCAGAGGGAGCAGCGGGAGCAAGGAAAGCAAGCCAAUGGAAAGGCGUCGCAUCGUCACACGAGGGAUCCGACGGGCAUGAUGUCGGAGCUCAACGAUGUGAUCACGUCGCGCAAAGCUGUACGCGAUCAACGACAUGACUCUGCGUUUGCCUUUGCUGCGGGGACAGCGGAGGCCACGACGAUGCAGCGGGGAUUCUCUGCGCCAUCGUUGGAUGCUGUACCUGCUCUGGCGCUGGGUUCGCCGCUCGAUUUGGGCACGGCAGGCGACACAGGCACGUUCGGUGGCUCACACAGCUUCAGUCACGCACAACCGGCUCUGGCCCGUCGGUCUCUCUCAUCGCUCGAUCUGGCUCGCGCUCGGGCAUUGCAGGCGUUGGAAGCACGACCUGCAUCGUCAGCAUCGAGCAACUCUUUUGACAGCGGUGAUGAGAGCAUAUCUCGACAUUCCGAGGAGUUCUCGUUUGAGCGGACGGCGCUCGAGUCGGUGCCCGAGAACGGGACGGGUGCGGCGACGGGGGUUUGGGAGUCGGGUUCGAGAAAGUCGACGCCCAAGGCGAGUGCCGCUGCGCUGGGGUUGGAUGCGACGCCGGUGCCGGACAGCCCGUUUGACUUGGGUGCGCAGGUGGCGGCGUAUGCGAGGAGGAAGAGGGCUGCCAAGCGCGCGGCGCUGCAGGCAUCCGGGUCUGAAUCGAGCGUUGGUGAGCAGCUCGGGUGA